AUGCAGCUCAGGAUCCAGUUGAAAAGACACAGCCAUACUUUCCACCACCUCCAACACAACAAGUUCAGGCCAACUAUUCAUACAUGGGACCUGACCCAUCACUGCAUUUGCACAAAACGGCGCUGUUGCUAUGCCGAUUUCCGCACCACCUGGGCCAGGGGGGGGUACAACAUGCCCGGGGCGCCCGCGCCCGGAACAUUCAAGGGCGCAACUUCAACCCAUCAAGACAAUGUCGGAAUAUUCAAUGGAGGGAGCUACAGGAUCAGUCAUCGUGAUACAAACUCAAUUGUAACUUUUCAGUUAGCUAUGGGAUGCCCUUUGAAAGCCAAACCAGGUGUUAUGCUCGCGAUGUCUUCAACAAUGACGCUGCGUGGUGAAUUCAAAUUCUCUAUCAAGAAAUUCCUUGCGGGCAGCAAAUUUGGCGUUUCCACUUAUACAGGACCUGGAGAGCUUCUCCUAGCACCUUUUAUACUAGGAGAUUGCAUGGUUUUACAAUUGCAUGGUGACAAAAAGUGGAGGAUUCCACACGAGGCUUUUCUAGCCUGUACAUCUGGCAUCGAGCAUGAAUAUGUUACCCAGGAUUUGACAAAGGGCAUGUUCUCAGGGGCAGGCUUUUUUGUGUACGAAUUAUCGCAAGUUGGGCUUGUAUGGAUCCAAAGCUUCGGUGCCAUUAUCAAGAAAGAGCUAGCGGCUGGUGAGAGAUAUUAUGUCGACAAUGGCUAUCUAGUUGCCUGGGAUUGCGAUUUCAAAAUAGAGCGUGUUGCCUCUGGUGGACUUAUCUCCGGGUUCACCGCUGGAGAGGGCCUUAGCUGUAAGUUUACAGGGCCAGGGACAGUGUACCUGCAAACACGAAACUUAAAUGCAUUCGCUAUGGCAUUGAAGGUCAGCACAGCCGGUGGCUAG